CGUAUGUCAGUAAAGCGGAAGUACCGGUACAGGCUGUACCUUGUGUUUUCUUCCUCUUGAAUGCUACUCAUUUUGAAAAGGUGUCAUCAUGUCAAAGCAGCCGCUGGGAAAGACGCUGUUGAGGAAUGUAAUCCGCCACACAGAUGCCCACAACAAGAUCCAGGAGGAGAUGGAGAUGUGGAAAAUGCGGAACUGGGAGGUCCACCGGGCUCACAAACAUUUGUCAGAUACAAAGAGUCUGAGGGGGCAAAUGCACUGUGAUCGAGUUCCAGAUCAACCUAGAGACCUGAGCCGAAGCAGAGAGCGAGUCUCACAACAUGAUGACAGAGAGGCCAGAUACUGGAGUCGCAAGCUGUAUGAAUUUGAGGCCGGUGAUCCUGACAGGUGGGGACAUAGUGGCUUCAAGGAGCUUUAUCCAGAGGAGUUUGAGAGUGACAGUGAAAGAAACAGUGGCACAAAGAAGAUCGGCCGCCACAAGAUGAAAAAGUCCAAGUCUGACACAGAAGCGAGCUUAUCAAAACGAUCAAAAAAAUCCUCUCGAAAGAAGAAAAAGAAAAAGAAGAAAAAAGAUGAGGAGGAAAAGCGCAAGAAAGCUGAGUACUCAAGCAGUGACAGCAGCAGCAGCGAUGACAGCAGUGCCACCAAAGACAAGCAACGCAGGAAAAGGACCAAAAGUCGACAUAAAAACAAGAAAAUUGCAAAAAGUAGAGGGAGAGAUGAGGACAGCAGCUCAGGUGACAGUGAUGAUGAAGGAGAGAGGGAGAGACGGACUCAGAAACGCAAAAAGCGAAAACAGGACUCCCACAAAGACUGUGACUCAGGUCCAGAUUCCAAAAAGAGGAGCAGGAAAAACUGGAAAGCAGCAGGUGAGGGGGGCUCAGAUGAUAGUUCUAGAGACUGAGAUUCAAAGACAUGAACAGACACAGAGCUCAGCUAACGACCAGGAAAACUACUGCUGGCUCCUUUGUUCGCCUUAACUUCACAGAGGGCUUUUCUCUGCAGGGACGUUCUGUAUUGUACUUUGUUAGACAUCAACAAACCUGUGCUGUCGGCGCUCUCUGUGGGCGUUCUGUGUAGCAAUACCUCAUCCGCCGCUGCAGUGGUUUGAAGCAUACUGUACGGCAGUACAGCAUGAAGGGGGAAGGUGGGUUAUCCACCACCUGCCUCAUUAGAAAUUCUGUCAGGUUCAGGCUCAUUGAUUGAUCAUUGACACAUGCCACACACUGUCUGCCUCACAUGGAGACCUGUCCUGAAUUGACCAGUGUUUUUUUUUUAUAGCACAUUAUUUAAGAACAAAGAGAAAUUAUGCAAAUUUCCUCAUCGGUUAUGAUAGAAUGUGCUUUUAUUGUUAUUAUUUUUUAGUUUUGUAAUUUUUUGAUAUUUGUAUGAAGCACAUUGUCAUAGUGAAAAAUAAAUGUCUAUUUUGCUGUGUU